CGGACGGCUUUUUUCUCCGGCUCUUGGGGGGGACCCGGAGGGAGCGGCGCCCCCACCCCGCCCGGCGCUGCCCCCGCGUGCGCCCCGCUCGUCCGCAGCCGAGACGGCAGGCCCAGCAUGUAGCAGAGGGUCCCGGCCACCGGUCCAGAAGAUGGGAGCGGAGCGGAGCGCGACGGGCAGGCGCGGGGGAGAAGACGCCGAGAGCGCAGCGCGGAGGCCCGGGCGCCCCAGCGGCUCGGCCGAGGCCUGAGCGCCCAUGCGGAGAGCGGACCCGGCGCCCUGAGGAGAAGCCAAAGAUGUUGACCAGAAAGAUUAAACUCUGGGACAUAAACGCCCACAUCACCUGCCGCCUGUGCAGCGGGUACCUCAUCGACGCGACCACCGUGACCGAGUGUCUGCACACGUUCUGCCGGAGCUGCCUGGUCAAGUACCUGGAGGAGAACAACACCUGUCCCACCUGCAGAAUCGUCAUCCACCAGAGCCACCCGCUGCAGUACAUCGGGCAUGACAGGACCAUGCAGGACAUCGUGUACAAGCUGGUGCCGGGCCUGCAGGAAGCGGAGAUGAGGAAGCAGCGGGAGUUCUACCACAAGCUGGGCUUGGAGGUGCCUGGGGACAUCAAGGGCGAGACUGGCUCUGCGAAGCAGCACUCGGACCCCCAUCGGAACGGCGAAGCCAAAGCGGACGAGAGCUCCCGCACGGAGGCUGCGGAGGAGAAGCAGGAGGAGGACAGCGACUACCACCGCAGCGACGAGCAGGUGAGCAUCUGCCUCGAGUGCAACAGCAGCAAGCUGCGCGGCCUGAAGCGCAAGUGGAUCCGCUGCUCCGCCCAGGCCACCGUGCUGCACCUGAAGAAGUUCAUCGCCAAGAAGCUCAACCUCUCGUCCUUCAACGAGCUGGACAUCCUGUGCAACGAGGAGAUCCUGGGCAAGGACCACACGCUCAAGUUCGUGGUCGUCACACGCUGGAGGUUCAAGAAGGCGCCCCUACUGCUGCACUACAGACCCAAGAUGGACCUGCUGUGACGUGCAGAGGCCCGGGCGGAGCACGGCCAGACCGCGGCCCGGGACGGACUCCUGAGCAGAGUAUUUACCACUUUUGUACCAGAGUUCGCACUCGACGAGACACUACCAGCAGCACGGUGACAGCGGCGGCCCUCACCGCUCCCGGCCGCCCUCACCCUCCGCUCGCCGCCGGCCUCCCCGCCCCCAGGUCUCCAGUCUCCGCCAUUCUGUUCAGCCGCUGAGUUAGGGUUCAUGACAAAAGCACGCGUGUGUGGGUGGGUCCUCGCAGUCACGGAAGGCGCUUUCGCGGUGGGUGAUGGCUGCAUGGUCCCAGGGGAUCUGGAAGGAUAUCGAGAGCAAAACAAAGGAGGUUGCCACUCAGUGCAGUUCCGAGGGGCUUGGUGUCCCCGUGGUGACCUGAGGGAGCCCGCGCGCCCGCCAGCACCGGCCUGGCCCCGACCCCUCAUCCCCCUGCCGGCCCCGUGGUCCUCCCGAGCACCAGGCUGGCACGGGGACGGCGCUCAGGGACCCACACCCAGCCCUGGGCUCGCUCGCUCUCUCCCCCCCGUUCUCCACCCAAACACUCACGUUUCUGUGGAAUCAGAAAGAACAUCUGGCAGCCCACCGUGUUCCUUUAGACCAGCCCCUGGGGAUGCGGACGGCAAGAUUGGGGAGAAAGGCCCGUUCCCGUGUCCGUGUGGUCCUGGGCUCAUGGUCACUCCGAGGGCCCCCGGCCCUGCCCCUCAGGCCUGUGGUGCCGACGCCCACCUGCUCUGUGCUGGCUUUUCCAUGAAGCUCUCAUUUUAGGGACUAGAGUUUUCUCCAAUUGGCUCCAGACCUGUGGGCUCACGGCUGCUUCCUGUUCCAUGUACACAAGCAGCUACUGAUGAGCCAUCAGCGCAGAGGAAAAUCUCCAAAUUAACUCAGUCCAGGCAAUCUUAACGUAAGGCUUUGAAAGCCCUGGAAGCCCAUUGUCAGGGUGGCUGAGGCGCUGCAGCCGUGACCCGGCCUGUCCGUCCACACGGUCCUCGUUGCUCUCCGAGGCCUGACGAGUGGAUGUGUGUGAGCAACCACGACCUGUCUACCUCAAAACGCACAUUGCCGCUGGCGCAUCUGCUGAACCCAGGACCCCAGGGCGGUCUCCGAGCGUGGGGGUUCCCUGGGGUGAAGGGGGUGAGCAGCGGGAGUGUCCACCUUCAGAAACGUGGUUCCGGCUCGGACGGGGCCGGCAGUCCACGCGGCCGGCGCAGCGGCUGAGCUCCUGUGCGAACACUUGAACUUGCAUUUGCUAUGGUGCUAAGCUGGGCCCGACACCCAGGGGCGGGCCGGCCCAGCAGCAGCAGAACCUAUUUUUCUACGAUUUCCUCGCAGCAGCCCGGGCCUGCUGGGCGGACUGCGGCCGCGGCGGUCGCUUUCUCCGGAGGGAGUGCUGACGGCGGCUCCCGGCGGGGUCCCCUGCUUGUGCAGCUGGGACGGCGCUCGGCGCCCGCCCUCCCCAGCCUCGGGACUCGCCGUGCGGUUUUCACGAGAACAGAAGAUGCAGAUAGAUAUAUAAUAUGGAAUUUAAGAGUGGGGGGUUGGAAAGAAAACUUUAUAAAAUUAUUUAUUCUAUUUUAAGCGUUCUAUCCUAUUUUCCCAUCAGCCAUCUGGUCCGUGCCGCUUUGUUUACAGGCAUAUAAGUGAAAGGGACGUGCAAGCUUCUUCCUUUGCGUUGGGUCGCCGUUUCCGUUGUGCGGUGAGGAGCGAGUUUAUGCUUUCUGCUUUUGUGCAAUAGGCUCCCCUGUACCGGCGUCGAGUGGCUGGGGUGUCCAGACUGCACGCCGAGCUGCUGGGUUUUCCUUUUCGUUGUUACGAUAAGAUGCUGUUCUCGGGACUGCCCGUCGCCUGUCAGCAGCCUUACAGAUGGGACCCGGCAGGCAGGCGGCCGCAUGUGUGUGGGCCUCGCACCAACUCCGUGUGCCCAGGCCCUGGCCCAGGCGCACACGCACGUGCGCGCACGCACAUACACACACACACACACACACACACACACACACACACGGCAGCCCAGGUGUGAGGUGUAGUCCCAGGCCCUGCGCCCUCGGCUGUCCAGUUAGGAGUCCUUACCACCAUCCUGUGCCUCCGCACACGGCUGUGCCACCGACAGAAGUGUCAUUGGGGUGAGUGUUCUUGGAGCAAACCAGCUGAUUCCCAUGACGUUUGUCAGUGUUGGCUGUGCUCUUCACACGGGCAGUCAGGCUAGUGCAGGCAGCCGUCAGCCUCGCUCCUCAGGAACCCGGUGCACCCACCUGUCACCGGUGCCCUCAGCCCUAAGGGUGCGUCUGCCUUGGCAGACGGAGAGAGUCCAGGCCGCACUUCGCGGCGCCUGCCGGGCGGGGAGGGCCGAGCCCCCAUCAGGUGUCCCCGGAGGGCAGUGUCCCCACAGCUCGCUGGGUGUGAGAAAACCACGCUUUCCCUCGGUGCGGGUUCGGGCGGAGCCUGCACGGUGGCCACACGCUGCCCCGGGUUUUGGGAUGGCAAUGCGGAUGCAUAUUUUUGUUUAAUUUGAAAGUUUACAUUUUUAUGCUUUGUGUUGGUGUGUAACUUUUGUACUAUUGGUGGCUAGUUUUGUCUAAAAUCUUUUUUGGAAUAUUGCUUAAAUGUUUUGAUUUUAUGACAGUGAAGCUUGUAUUCAGUGUUUUGCCAAUUAAUAUUAUAUGCUUGUAAUAAAAGCAAAGGAAACA